AUGAACACAUUCCGCCCCAUUGUCGGCAGGAUUGGGAGUAGCUUGACCGGAGGAACUACACACCUACACACACCAAUGUUGCGAAGAUACGCCCUCGGCUUCUCGGGCGCUGCCAGACCCCACGGAACCAUGGCUUCCACCAACCCCGUUGAGGAUGCUAUUCGGUCCAAGGUGACCGCCGCCUUCUCCCCCACCACCCUCGAAAUCUACAACGACUCCCACCUCCAUAGCCACCACAAGGCCAUGGCUGGUAGCACCUCCAAGGAAACACACUUCAGACUUGUUAUUACCUCCGAGUCUUUCAAGUCCAAGAUGCAGUCCGCCCGCCACCGCAUGGUCUACGCCCUCCUGCGCGAGGAGAUGGCCCGCGAGGGUGGCAUCCACGCCCUUCAGCUCAAGACCCUCACCCCCGAAGAGGAAGAAAGACAAAAGGCCAAGAAGGCCGCCGAGGCCCAAGCUUCCGAGGACUCGACCUGA